ACGUCAAGAUUAUACACUCACUCAGAUUGUUGUUGAUAGAGUCCAAACUGGAAGUGGUACAUACGAUGUGAUGUUUAUUGGAACUGAUCAUGGACAAGUUUUGAAAGUUGUGUUGUUUGUAGAAAAUGGACAGCAGAAGAGCAAUCUUAUUGAUGUAAUGUAUGUAGGGGAUCCCUCUGAUUCCAACCCAAUUGUCAGUCUGCAACUUAUUGUACUUGGAGAUACCAAGUCAAUCUUAGUUGGAACACCUACAUCUCUAGUCAAUCUUGACAUUCAACAAUGUAAAAACCUUUCAUCAUG